GGCACCCUUCUCCCAUUUCCUAUCGCCACGGUUCUGAGAAUGAUGCGAGAAAAAGGUUCUGUUGGGUCCUGGCCCACGCCUUGUGAGGCAAACUCUGGUCAACAAUCAGUUGCCAGGGUACCAUGUUGCCGCUGCCUCUUCAAACUCUUCACUUCCUCACCUGACAUUUUGGCCCUUCGUGGUCCAUGGCAUUCCCUUUUCCAUUCCUGUGGUGGAUUUAUUCACGUACCAGAGACCCCGUCGAGACCGGCUCCCUGGAGGAAUUUGAGUGCGAGGAGGAGGUACCCGAGGAAGACGAUGUCUGCUGGGCCCUGGGAGAAAUUCUGCUUUAUUACUGCCUGGCUGUGGCUGCUAUAAGGAUCAUCUACAUUGGUGCAGACUGGAUCGUCCCGAAAUGCGGUGGUGGAAUUCAGCCAUGCAAGAAGGUUAGAUAUACAAAAGGUUGCCAGGACCCUACCGACAGGUGUCAAGACAGUGCGUGCGGCAUCCUGGGGUGCCUGAGGAAGCUGUUUACAGGAGAGUGUGACAGGGACGUCGCUGAGGAUGAGGUGUCCCCCAGCUCUCCUCCCAGGAAGGAGACGAAGGAGCGCCUCUCCAAGCUCAGCCAGCAAACCUUCUGCGACAGCGACUCCGUGGGCACCUCGGAAUCGCAGGUGUCCUCGUGGAAAGGCAGCCAGACGGGUGAUACGGACGGCAGCGCCUCCAGCACGAAAGGGAGGAAGAUGGUGGUAAGGCAGAGGAGCCCCAGGCGAGUGCCUUGGAUGCCCGAGGAACCGUGUCCCCGCUGCAAAGCCAAGAGGACGAGAGAAUGGCUGGCCCAGCACUUCUUUGACCCAGAGUGGUGUUCUCCAGGGAAGCGCAACUGAUCCUGAGGGGAGUCCCUUCCGGGGAAGGGAGACAAUGUCCACACACAACCCGCUUUUGCCCUGGCUUCCUUCAAGGGUUGUUGGCCUGGGCGAGGAGGGUGAGAGGGGCGACUCGCACCUCUGAGAGGUGGCUGAGGGCUGAGUCGUGUCAAUAAAGCUCUUAUACCACAUA